UAAAAUUGUCUCUACCAAAAAUGGAACUCAAAUUUCCCUCUCUUCCCCUCAUCAUCAUCUCCUUCACCUUCGUAAUCAUUUUACUCAAAUUAUUCAGUAAUUUAAGAACAAGAAUAAAAUUGCCACCUGGUCCAUGGAAGUUGCCUCUCAUUGGAAGUCUGCACCACCUGGCAUCGGCUGGUUCGGCACCACAUUAUAUGCUUAGAAACAUGGCACGAAAAUACGGGCCUAUUAUGCACUUCCAGCUUGGUGAAACUUCUGCUGUUGUCAUAUCAACACCUAAAGUGGCCAAAGAGGUAUUGAAAACUCAUGAUAUUGCCUUUGCGUCGAGGCCAAAACUUCUGGCUCCUGAAAUCGUCACAUAUAAUUAUUUAGACAUAGCCUUUGCUCCAUAUGGUGGAUACUGGAGACAGAUGCGCAAAAUCAGUACCUUGGAACUUUUGUCAGCCAAGAAUGUUCGAUCAUUUAGCUCAAUUCGAGAGGAAGAGGCGUCUAAUCUCAUCUUAUCCAUCCAGUCGUCCUUAUUUUCACCAAUUGAUUUGACUCAGAAGAUCAUCUCAUACACAAAUAAUGUAGCCAGCAGAGCAAUAUUUGGAAACAGAUUCAAGAACCAAGAGGAAGUGAUAUCACUGAUAACUGAUUUAACAUCCACUGCAGGAGGUUUUGAUGUUGCUGACUUGUAUCCUUCUAUCAAAAUCCUUCAAGUCAUUACUGGGUUGAAAUCCAAAUUGAUGAAGCUGCACUACAAAUGUGAUCGGGUCUUGACUGAUAUCGUUGAUGAACAUCAAGAAAGGCUGGCAAAUAAAGAGAAGUUCAAUGGUCGACUGGAGGACGAAGAUCUAGUUGAUGCUCUGUUAAGACACAAAGAAAGUGGCGAUCUCGAUUUUCCAAUCACAAUCAACAGUAUAAAAGCUGUUCUUCUGGAGUUGUUCUCUGCUGGAACAGAUACUUCUGCAACAGCAGUAGAAUUCGCUGUGUCGGAAAUGAUGAGACACCCCAAAGUGAUGGAGAACGUGCAAGCUGAACUGAGACAAGUUCUUAGAGGAAAAGACAGAUUAAGGGCGACCGACUUGGAGGGACUGCGUUAUAUGAAGAUGGUGAUCAAAGAAACUUUACGGUUGCAUCCGCCUGUUCCAUUGCUAAUUCCUAGAGUGUGCAGGGAGCAUAGAGAAAUUGAUGGGUACGAUAUACCUAUCGAAACAAGAGUAAUUUUGAACGCAUUUGCAAUCAAUAGGGAUCCCGAAUAUUGGGAGGAUGCUGAGAGUUUUAAACCAGAGAGAUUUGCCGGUAGUGAGAUUGAAUUCAUAGGACCAAAUUUUGAGUUUCUCCCUUUCGGUGGAGGAAGGAGGAUAUGCCCUGGCAUAUCAUUUGGUUUAGCCAGUGUCGAGUUUCUUCUUGCUCAACUACUCUACCGCUUCAACUGGAAACUUCCUGAUGGAAUGAAGCCUGAAGAUCUCGACAUGACUGAAAUACUUGGGAGCACUACUCGGAGGAUUUCAAAAUCGUAUCUGGUUCCUACUCCUCGUACUCCACUUGGUUAAUCAAUGUUAUUGUUAUCGAUGGACAGAGUAGACAUUAAAAUAAAGUUGCUGUUCUGCUAGAAA